CCGGUGCAGGAGGGCGGAGUCCAGCGCUCCCGCAGUACAGAUGGGGAAACUGAGGUCCAGAGCCGGGUACUCGGUCGGCGGCAGAGGAAAACGAGAAGGGGGCGCGUCCUGCCUCGCAGGGCCCUGCGGCGCCGGGGCCGCCCCCUCCCGCCCCCCACGCCGCGUCCCGCCGCCUCGCCUCUGCCCUCGCAGCACCGCCACCUCGGAAGCGAGUCAUGGUGGCGGCGGCGGCGGCGGCGUGGCUGCUCCUGUGGGCCGCGGCCUGCGAGCAGCGGGAGCAGGACUUCUACGACUUCAAGGCGGUGAACAUCCGGGGCAAACUGGUGUCGCUGGAGAAGUACCGCGGCUCGGUGUCUCUGGUGGUGAACGUAGCUAGUCAGUGUGGCUUCACAGACCAGCACUACCGAGCCCUGCAGCAGCUGCAACGGGACCUGGGUCCCCACCACUUCAACGUGCUUGCCUUCCCCUGCAACCAGUUUGGCCAACAGGAGCCUGACAGCAACAAGGAGAUCGAGAGCUUUGCCCGCCGCACCUACAGUGUCUCAUUCCCCAUGUUUAGUAAGAUCGCAGUCACUGGUACUGGUGCCCACCCUGCCUUCAAGUACCUGACACAGACUUCUGGGAAGGAGCCCACCUGGAACUUCUGGAAGUAUCUGGUGGCCCCAGAUGGAAAGGUGGUAGGGGCUUGGGACCCCACUGUGUCAGUGGAUGAGGUCAAGCCCCAGAUCACAGCACUGGUGAGGAAGCUCAUCCUGCAGAAGCGAGAAGACUUAUAACCACUGUUUCCUACACUCCCCUCCCCCAUAUCCACCUAUCCCUACCAGUGUAAACUCAGAUGGUGCUUCAAAGGGAGAGACACAAUAACUCUCCUUCCUUCACUCUUACUCAUGUGGGGGAAAGUCCUAUCAUUUUUUUUUUAUACAGUCUUACUCCGUUGCCCCUGGAAUGAGUGCCGUGGCAUCAUAACUCACAACAACUUUAAACUCUUGGGCUCAAGUGAUCCUCUUGCCUCAGCCUCCUGAGUAGCUGGGACUACAGUGCCUACCACAACACCUGGCUAGUUUUUCUAUUUUUAGUAGAGACAGGGUCUCACUCUUGCUUAUGCUUGUCUUGGAUUCCUGAGUUCAAACAUUCUACCAGCCUUGGCCUCCCAAACUGCUAGGUGUGAGCCACGACACCCAGCCACUGUCAUUUUGAUUAUUUAAAUCUUAGAGCAACAAAUAGGAGUUCCUGGCUAAUGAGAACUCUUGACCAGUGACUGGUCAGCCAGUAAGAACCUCUAGCCAAUAUAAAAUGUGGCAAAUAGAAGUAUCAAGCAAUAAUCUCCCACCCAUAAAGACCUCUGUAAAAUGGGACCAAUUCCUACCUCACAGGGCUGUUGUGAGGAUUAGGAUGAAAUAUCUGUGAAAGUGCCUAAGGCAGUGCUAGAGAAAUAGGAAACAUUCAAUAAAUGUUUUUUGCAUACAAAUGAAAAAAACACUUGUUAUCAAUAAAAACUCUCAUCCAACAUGAAUUUCCAGCCAAUGGGACUCCA